AUGCUUUAUCCUUCGUUAUCGAAUUUUUCGUAUUCUAUUAAUGACGACGGAACCAUCAAUUAUGGUGGUAAUACUACCCAGGAACAAGCAGCUGCAGUUAAUUUUGAAUUGCUCAUGCAAGAAAUUAAUACAUUGGCCAAACAUGAGCAAGAUCUUGUUGUUGAUGUAUGGAAUGCAAAAGGUGGGAUAGUCCGACAAAUCUCUUUACCAUUGUCAAAAUAUGAACCUACUGAUUCAUCAAACAAUUCCGAUGAAUCUGUCCAUCAAUUAUUUGUUAACAACUUCAAACAAUUGGGGUUGACUUUGGAAUCUCAGCAUUUGACUACAGCAACAUAUGUAUGGCGAAUCUUAGCAACACAUCAAGGUUCUCCAGCAUUCAUGUCCCAAUUAGUGCCAUAUUCAGAUUAUAUUAUUGGUUGUGAUUCAGCUUAUCCAACAGACACCAAUGGCAAGGGGUUGCUUACAAAAGGUGGCGAGUCUUUAUUGUCAAAAACAGUCUUGAAUUACUACAAUUAUCAUUAUUCAAUUUCCAAUGAAGAUAAUAUCCCAAUCACCCUUUAUGUGUAUAAUCACGAUUACGAUAUUUUGCGUCCAGUGACAGUGAAUCUCUCGCGUAGCUGGGGAACAGGAUACAAUCGAGGAAUCCUUGGGUGUGAUGUCGGAUAUGGCUUGUUACAUAGAAUCCCUGAAGUUGUUGGUAAAUUUGAUAACAAUUCAAUUGUUGAUGAUAUUCUUUUCGAGAAUAGCCAAAACCUUGGGUACCAACAACAACAAAGCUUGUCUCCACAACACUCUUCUUACAUCCCUGAAUCCGCUGAGAAUACCCAAGAGAACAAUAUAAUUAAUUCUCCACCACCAGUUAUGGGAGCAGGUGCCCCUCCUCGUGCAUCAACUAGAAAAAAGAAACAUGUUGCUGCUAAGGAUACCUUCGAAGGGCUAGAUGAUUACAUGAAUGAAGAAUUAGAAAAGUCGAAAAAAUUAGAUGUCGCUUCACAGCCGCAAAAUGCUUCAGGGACACCACCGCCACCUCCACCUCCUCAAAGUAGCAAAUAG